AUCCAGCAUUAUGGAGAAUAACGUUGUGGAUGCAUGUGCGGAUGGAGGAUUAGUACUGAUGUUACUAAAAAAAGAUGAGAGUUGGACUCCAUUUGAAUCAUCGAUCGACGCUGCUUCGAAAGCAUCGACGUUUGUGUAUGAUGACAUUCAAUAUCUGUAUGAUAUCGAAUCCAGCUCGCCGACCACAUCUACAUUAAAUUCAAUUCUCCAAUCACCCAACCGAGUAUCUAAAUCGGUACAUAAUUCGCAGUCUGAUGCAGCAGAUGAAUGUAUCCCACCUAAAAAAAUGAUUCAAUCACUGCUACCCGAUGACGUUCCAGGAAUGAAUUUGGCCAAUCAGUGUGAAGAUCAAGAACCUUCAUGUACGAUGAAACGAUCAUUCGAGCAAAAAGAUGUUACAAUAGAGUAUGAGUUAGAAUUAGACUAUUCGAACGAACCUGUAGGAUCGCACACUACAUCUUGCAGCGGUUCCAAUCUUGUUGCUUUGAAACGCAAAACAAAAAUAGAUGCUUCUACGGCAGUACUGCUAUCCAAGUUCGAAAUCGAUUGGUCAAGUAUACCACGUGAUAUUGUGACUCAAUUAGAUCGGACUGUGGAUCAUGAUAAAGAAAGUUUUUUGAAUGAAACUGACUACAAUCGAUUGGUUGACCACAUCGUUGGUCAGUUGCGAAAUAUUACGCCGUCAAUCCCUAUUUCCACUUUUCGCCGGGUAGCUGAAACUGUUUCUUCGAUGUACUCAUUCUUCAUUGAUAUGGACGACGAUGGCAUGAUAAUUGGGAACGGAUCUAGUAGCUUAACAGAAAAACUGAAGAAUAGAAAUUCAUAUUUGAACCGAGCGCAUAAAUCUGGUCAAUAUGACAAAAAGCAGAAAUUUGGCGACGAUCCAAUGAGGCAGUGCAGAGUUGGUAUAAAAGCGGAGUAUUCCCUUUCUGGCGAACCUCUCCUACUUGAUAAUCUCUUAAUGAAGCAGUUGUAUGAAAACCAAGACUGGGAUAAAAAACUGCUCGAAACCACAAAAUGUUACCUACGAUACAAAAUUGAUCACUGCCCAUUGAGUCAAUUGAUGGAAAACUUUCCAAUUGUAAUGAAACACAGUUUUAUUGAAUAUCAUUUUUCUGAAGCUACGGGAGUGCGACCAGAUCAAUUUAUUGAAAAUUUUAUUAAAAAGCGUGAAAAAAUAAUCAAGGUAUCUCAAACAUACCGCGACAAAAACGUGCACAUUGCAGAUACAGCUGAGGAUAUGGAUGUAAUGGUGGGAAUAUCCAGGAUGUUGAAAGAAGAUAUCAGCGAAAUAGUUUGUCAGUUGGAGGAAGAAACUUCAAGCGAUCUGAUAAACAAACUUCAUCCAACGAUUGUUAUAGUAGGUUCGACGAGACAAUCAUACUACAUUCAUGCACAGAACAGUAGGGUUAGCGAAAACUUCGAAAGUUUUAUUUUAGCCAUUCAGCAUCUAGUUAUGGUCUAUUUUGUGUAUUAUUUUUCAUAUCCAUCUAACUUAUCUAAAACCUUGGAAUUUUUGCAACUAUAUUUUUAUAAACUUAACCCGUUCAAAGGAUCUCGAUCAAAGGCCACAUUAGUCGGGCAGCAACAACGAUUAGUACGUGCGCUGAUGCUGAAAAUAGCUAAAUUUAAACAGACAAUUGAAAUGAUGCAUACAGCUGACAAACUCUGUCGAAAAAAUCCGUACACCAUGCGGACUGUUUGCAUGACCGUGGUAAACGAUCGCGAUUCGUUGCAGCAGGGUGUACGGAUUUUUUCGUCAGAGUUGAUCAGCUAGCAUACCUAUAUGUUAGAACUGCUCAUUCAUUAUAUUGAUAUUAUAUGGUAUUACUCGAAUAAUAGUGUUUUGCCCUCUAUGUCCAGGAUGCCCUCCUAUUCUUGGAUACGAAAAUGAUUUAUACAGUAAUAUUUCGAUUAUAUCACGCCUAGUUAUAUAUACAGGUGGAUGUAUAUAUGUAUAAAACAAUAUAGAGCUACAUGUAUAUACAGUCAUUUAAAUAUAUACAUACUGAUUUACAUUUUCAUACUUUGAUUCGUACAUAUACAUAUGUAUAUACACAGAUACAUGCAUACAUAUAUGGAUAUAUAAGCGUGAUAUAAUCGAAACAUUACUGUACUUCAAACGGUAGGGUAGGGAAAAUUAGAAAGACGACCAGAUUUUCAGCUAAUGCAAACUUCAAUAAACGUGUUCAAUGUAAUAUACAAAACGGCACUGUAACAUGCAAGAAUUAAUCCUUCAAUUUCUUACAAAUUACGUGUAUUUUUCCAUACAAGUCUUGUCAAGUCAGGGAAGCUUGAUCAAGUAUACAAUUAUGUUUCGAAAAUAUAGACACGUUUUUGCUAAUAAUUGAGAAGUACUUCACAGCAAGUCUCCUUAGUUUCCUAUAACUUAUUUAAUCGAUUAUAAUAUAACCAAGUGUUGUAAUUAUUACGAAUUAAACAGCUGGGUAAUAUGCAAAGUGCGAAACAUAUUUACAAAAUGCUGCAUUGAUGUCGAUGCAUGUACUCCAAGUGUAGUUUCGGAAGGAUCGAAUGUUAGCUGAAGAUUAUCAUAUAAGUUAAUUAUAUCAACGAAUACGACCCCAGUACAUUGUACCGCCGCGCUAUAGCCUACUUUGCGGUUGGGAGUGCAUCUGGAUUCAACAACUUAGCGGAUUGA